AUGGCACCAGACGUCGUUUCCAAGAUCCAAUCGAUGGUCACGGGAGAGUCGAAGAGCGCCCGCAAGAAGAAGGCCAAGGCAGACGUUGGAGGCACCGCAGUUCCGGCUGCGCGUGAGCAGACAUCUUCUGAGGCCGGCGCAGGCGGUUCAGAAUUUGCAGGCAAGAUCAACGGAGCUGACAGCGACAAUGCCUACGUCAGGGAGCUUCAGAAGAACAUUCGCAACAUCAACAAGAAAUUGAGCGCGAUGCAAAAGACCGAUGCCAUCAUCGAAGCAAACCCCGGUGUCUCCCUCGACGAACUCGUCGCGACUCGCAAGAUCAACGCCGACCAGAAAGCUUCGGCAGAGAAGAAGCCGGGCCUACAGGCGCAGCGCGCACAACUGGAGGAGCAGUUCGGCCACUUCCAGAAGUAUGGUCAGGAGCAGGACGAGAAGUUCGCACGUGAGAAGGAGAUCUUGAAGAAGGCACAUUCUUCUGAGCUUGAUGCGCUGAGGGACACUCUGAAGGCAGAGGCGGUCAUGGAACAGAAGAAGCUCUUGAAGGAGAAGAUCCUCACCCUCUCGCGCUUCCUCAGGGCGGCAGCAGCUCGGCGACAACUGGAGGACGAUGACUCGGACCUCACCAAGGCGUUUGAAGGCGCUCUGCUCCAGGUAUACGGCGGAGACGCGACUGCUGUGCUGGCAGCCGAGAAACUCAUCGACGGCGCGGAAGAGGGUGUGCCGUCCACUGAGGGGAUCAUGCUCGGCGUUACUUGUAUGUUCACUUCACAUGUUGUUAAGCAAGCAGCACUGGACGAGGCUCCUUUCGCUGCGGAAGAGGCCUGGGUCGAUGAGGUCGCACAAGCACAGUCAGCACCACUAGAGACUGAGGCUGGCUCCGACCCUACGAUCACCAAUGCCGGCCUCACCGAGAUCGACCAAGAUGUUGCAGCUGUCAACGGAAGCGCAGACGCCCAGAUCUCCAACGCCCCAGCAGCAUCGAGCAUCGAGCCAGAAGCUGCGAAUGCGGCUGCUGAGGCGCAGUGGGAUAAGCAACCAGCUGGCAGUGAUGACCCGCUGACUGAGUCUUUCGAAAUGGUCCCUCGCGACCCUGCCGAGACCGAGAAUCCUCAUGUUGCUGCUCCUGUCACAAGCACUCAGAGCUGGGCCGACGACACUCCUGAGCCACAAGCCACCACAGGCGCUUCCGCACCAGGUGACGGCUUCCACGAGGUACACCACAACCGCGGUGGUCGCGGCCGCGGAGGACACCAGGGCGAGGGACGAGGAGGAUUCAGGGGCCGUGGUCGUGGCGGCCCACGAGGUGAUUUCCGUGGUCGUGGUCGCGGUCGUGGAGACUUCCGUGGCCGUGGAGAUCGAGGUGGUUUCCGUGGCGCUCCUCGCGGCGGCGAGCCUUCAUCAUAG